AUGGGCAUCUCGAAUGCGGCUGUUAUUGUGCUGUGUAUCGUUGGCGCUGGAGCUGCACUCAUGAUAGGAUACGCUAUUGGCACUCGACUAUGGAACGGAUCCGCCGACGACAGGAAUGAUCUGGAGGGAGGCCGUGGUGCAUUCAACCAAGCUGCAUACAUGCGGGAAGUCCGACUGCGCAAUCAAGACAAAAUCUUGAGCCUUGCGAGGUCUGGAAAGUCGAAGAUACCGACCGACCAGAUAACUCCGACCACUUUUUCGGCUGUCUCGACUUCUUCCUAUGGGGACUUGCGGUAG